AUGACGACCAAAGAUGGAAACGAGGACGCUUCAUCAACCAAACCGUGGAAACAUUAUGAGUUGAAGAUAUUUGGGAUCGGUUGUCUUGGCUACGUAUUUGUUGCCACGAUAUCUUUUUAUUUCGUCAUACACCAAUUUUGUGGAAAGAACACAAAACGUAUCCUUGAUGCUUGUUAUUUCGCCAUCAUUUUAAUGACUUCUAGUGGGUAUAAAGACCUUACUCCUAAUAACAGUCUUGCAAUACUACUUGCCAUUUGCUUCGCCAUUGUGGGUAUGUUCAUUUUUGGGGCACUGAUGAGUCUAGGUGCGAACCAAAUUUUAGCCACUCAACCGAAACCAUCUAAGGUACUUGAUUCAGCGAAAAAUCAUCGAAAGAUGCAAUAUUCGAGCAUAAUGAUGAUAAAGUACUGGAAGGUGCUAGCAGUCUCCCUAGCAGUGCAUAUGGUUGGCGGGAUCGUUCUCUUGGUUUGCAUCGGGAAUAUGCACUUUUUUCGUGCAUUAUAUUGUGUUUCUUCAACAAUUACAACCGUCUUAAGUAUCGAUGAAUGCUUUUCAACGGAAGGUAGACGGAUCAUUGCGCUAAUUUGGAUAUUAUACGGAAUGAUUACUCUAACUGCCAUUACCGGUGUUGUAACGGAGGUAUGGAGGCAAAGAACGAAAUGGUUGUCCGUGAAAAAGAAUCUCGAAAGAAAGCCCACACUUGCAGAAUUGCAGCCAAAUGAUUUUGAUGAGGAUGGCUUUAUAAGGCGUGAUGCAUAUGUCCGUUAUAGGCGCAGGGAGAUAAAACAGUUACGCUGGGCAGACAUGAAACCUAAUAUUAAAGUGUCAGGUGUCGGGUUCUAUGUAGGCCGUGUCAAGGUUAUCCCUAAUCAACAUUUUGCUCAACUAUGUCUUAGUGAAUAA